CGUCGAUAACGGUAGUAGAGAUUAUUUUUUAUUAUUAUAAUCAUUGCGAUAAUUGCGUGGGCAGACGAGUGACGGCGUGACGCGGCUAGCGUACACGCUCUGUCCGUCGGACAUUAUACGAGACGAAAUAAAAUGUGAUAUUUUAUCACGGUCGGGCUCGAGACGGUCUGUAGACGGCCAAAUUUCUACGAGUAAAGCCAGUUGUUGUGAGUACAACGCCUAUAAUAAACAGUCAACAACACGGUACUGCUGUAGCGUUCAGUAGGUAGUGGCCACUGCCACCGACUAGUCGUCGCGUGCUCAGCUAAAGUGCUAAUAAUCGUUCUUCUUCUUCGAUUCUUCGUUAACCAUUGUAGCGCUGUCCCGUGACGCCGUCGUUGAGGAAUUUACGCAAACACUAAGUGCUGACUUGUGUUAAGAUCAAUAAUGGAAUACAAUUGGCCAAAUAACUAAUGUAUAAUUUAAAACAUAAUAUUAUUUUAAUAAUAUCAUGGCUGAAAUUUCAAAAAUAAAAAGGAGAAAAAUGGCUUCCAACAAAGAUGGUGAUGAAAAUGAAGCUGUAACUAAUUUCCGGGAAUACUUACGCAUUCCUACUGUUCAUCCUGAUGUUGAUUAUAGUAAAUGUGUUGAAUUUCUAUUGCGUCAAGCACAAAGCUUAAAUCUUCCAUCAAAUAUUUAUUAUAUGGCCCCUGGUAAACCAAUAGUAAUUAUAACAUGGGUUGGACAAAAACCAGAACUUCCUUCUAUACUACUUAACUCUCAUACAGAUGUUGUUCCAGUAUAUCCUGAAUGUUGGACUCAUGAUCCAUUUUCUGCACAUAAAGAUAACAACGGAAACAUUUAUGCUAGAGGAGCACAAGAUAUGAAAUGUGUUGGAAUACAAUACAUAGAAACAAUACGAAAAUAUAUAAAAGAAAAAUUAGUUUUUGAUAGGACUAUACAUAUGUCAUUUGUGCCUGGUUUGUGUGUAUUUAUAAUUUGUACUGAGUAUUGUAAUGAGUAUUAUUUAUAUUUUGUUUUAGAUGAAGAAACAGGUGGAGAUUUGGGUAUGAAAUUGUUUGUUGGAUCACCUGAAUUCGCAUCAUUAAAUGUAGGUUUUGCAUUAGAUGAAGGAUUGGCUAGUAACGACGAUAGUUUUAGCAUAUACUAUGGAGAACGAACGCUAUGGCAUCUUGAAGUAAAAUGUUCUGGUACACCUGGUCAUGGUUCAUUAAUACAUGAAAAUACAGCUGGAGAAAAGUUACAUUAUAUCAUAAACAAAUUUAUGAAUUGGAGGGAACAAGAAAAAUUAAGAAUGAAAAGUUGUAAAUUGAAUGUUGGAGAUGUUACAACAGUAAAUUUAACAAUGUUAAAUGGAGGAUGUCAAAUAAAUGUGGUGCCGCCAGAGUUGACAGUUGGUUUUGAUGUACGAUUGAGUGUUGCCGUAGAUAUUACGGAAAUAGAAAACAUUGUUAAAAAAUGGUGUGAGGAAGCUGGGGAAGGUGUAACAUUGGAGUUCAUGUGUAAAAGCGCAUACAUUCAACCUACAUCACUUACACCAGAAAAUCCAUGGUGGGUUACGUUUAAAAAUGAAUGUGAUAAAAUGAAUUUAAAAACAAAAACAUAUAUAUUUCCUGGCGCAACAGAUAGUAGAUAUAUUAGAGAGGUUGGUAUUCCAGCUAUAGGAUUUUCACCAAUGAAUAAUACUCCUAUUCUUUUGCAUGAUCAUGAUGAAUUUUUGAAUGAGAAGACAUUCCUGGAUGGCAUAGAUAUUUAUUAUAAUAUUAUUAAGAGUCUUGCAUCUGUUUAAAAUAUAACAAUUUUAUUUAUCUUAAUAUGUUAAUUAAUUUUAAUAAUGAAAAAUUAUAAUAUUUUACUUUAUAUAUGUUUAUAACAAUAUAAGGUUAAUUUUAAUUUAAUUUUAAUUAAGAUAAAAAAAAAAAACAUUAAUGUAUUUACAAAAUAGUAAGUAUAUACAUUUUAAACAUUAUUGUUUAAUUAGUUUGUUGUUAUGUUUUAAUAAAUUGUUGUAUUGUUUAUUAAAAAUAUUAUGUUAAAUGUUAAUGAAAAAA